AUGGCAUCUUCCAAAAGUUUGAAAAUUGGCAUUGUUGGGUUUGGUACAUUUGGUCAAUUUCUGGCAAAUACAAUGAUCAAACAAGGCCAUACUCUAACUGCUACUUCAAGAACAGAUUACUCUCAACUCUGUCUCCAAAUGGGUAUCCAUUUCUUCAGGGAUGUUACUGCAUUACUUGAGGCUGACAUGGAUGUCAUACUGUUAUGCACAUCUAUUUCGUCGUUGUCCGAGGUUGUCGGGUCAAUGCCACUCAAUUGUCUGAAACGUCCGACGCUUUUUGUUGAUGUUCUUUCGGUUAAAGAGCACCCGAGGAACCUUCUUUUAAGAGUGCUGCCAGAGGAGUUAGACAUACUCUGCACACACCCAAUGUUUGGACCAGUGAGUGGGAAAAAUGGCUGGCAAAAUCUGACUUUCAUGUAUGACACAGUUCGAAUAAAGGAUGAAGCUACCUGCUCUAAAUUUCUCCAAAUUUUUGAAACUGAGGGUUGCAAGAUGGUAGAAAUGUCAUGUGAGGAACAUGAUAGGGCAGCUGCAAAGAGCCAAUUUAUCACACACACAAUAGGCAGGACAUUGGCAGAAAUGGAUAUUAAAUCUACACCUAUUGACACCAAGGGCUUUCAGGCACUUGUUCAGUUGAAAGAACCCGUCAUGGGAUGCAGUUUUGAUCUGUAUAGUGGAUUAUUUGUGUACAACAGAUUCGCCAGACAAGAGCUGGAAAACCUUGAACAUGCUCUACAUAAAGUCAAAGAGCUGCUGGUCCAAAGGAUGGAUGAAGGACAGAACUCAGAAAGAACUGAAAGUUGA